AUGCCUGCUCCUUACCUCCCCGUCGAGAUUAUCCUAAUGAUCCUGGCAUUCGUGCCCGAUAUUGAAACCCUUUUUGUCCUGCGGCUCCUCAACCAGAACUGGCUUACGGCUGUCAACAAUCGCAUCGGAAAGAUCAUUUUCUGUGACUGGAGAAUGCGAAGCUGGAAAAGACUUAAAAAUACAGCUGGAAAUAGCCAAUUGGCCCGCCGGGCUCGAGAUUUGGUGCUGAAAGUUUCCGAUAAUCAUUUCCAUCAGGACUACAACACCAAACGGUCUGGCAGAGCGAUCAAAUUCCAGCGGUUCUUCAAGUACGCAGUGCCUCGUCUUACUGAACUGGAAUCAUUGUGCAUCCGGGUUGAGACAAUUCGCUCGGCUCCCAAGAAGACGAGAGAUUACUUCUUGGACAAGAGAGAAUACAUCCAGGGAUUGAUGGCAGCUCUUUUUGGCAUAUUUGAGCAGAACCGAAAGCUGAAAGCUUUUUCUACUGACAUGCUGCCUUUCUACGCCUCAUUUCCAGCCCUGGGUAAUCACAGAAAGAGCCCGUUUGAGAUUCUCAAGUACCUCCGGUUAGAGUCUCUCAAGCUCGGAUACACAGGCGUGGAGACUGAUAAAGAAUGCUUCUUCGCCGACAGCUUUGUCGAUCCAACAAAGCGUUGGUUGAUUCCGUUUCGCAGCACAUUGCGUAAGGUUUCAAUCACAUGCUGGGGUUUUAACCUGCUGGAUUUGAAAGGGCUAGUCAAUGACGCAAGCAGCGAACUUCCAGCCUUAGAUAGGCUUGAGUCUCUCGAACUACGCGGACAUGCGUUUUUCGAAGACGAUGUGCUCAAUUGGAUUCUCGCAUCCGGCAAGAGACUGACCACUCUCAUCCUAGAUGAUUGUGCGAUAGUCUACGGCGCCCAAGCCGGCAUCAUCUCUAAGGAGGCCGGCCGGGUUGCCUCCGUCUCGUUCUGGCGAGAGGAUGACGAGGAAUUUGUGCACAUCGUGUUAAACGAGUCUCGUUGGUCUAAGUGGUUCAACCGCUUCAAGGAAGGGUUGCCGAAAUUGAGCUAUUUCCGAAUGGGAAAUAGUCGAAUUCGACGACCCGGUGAACGAGGACCAUUCUACGCAUCGGAACGCUUUGGAACUCGGCCGCCAUACGUGGUCCCUAAAACCAUGUUUGGCUUAUUUGCGGAUCGUUACCUUGGCCGGUACGACGAGCAAGCCGAUGUUCCACUGUGGGUGCUAGAUUUCCCGUCUGACACGAACAUGGUCACCCCAGGAUCGCAAGAUCUCGCGGCGGACUUGGAAGCUCUACGUAGCUUGUUUGCUCAUAUUGGGCAGACAGUUGCGGAAGAUGCGACCUCGGAUCAUGCUGGCUAUGUCAGAGGGUUGGUCGGUCACGUCCGAGAACGCGGAAGAAUAGUCGGAGAGGUGGUGUGA